UGUAUGUUUCAUAUGUACCAAUUGUAUGUUUCAUAUGUACCAAUUGUAUGUUUCAUAUGUGCCAAUUGUAUGUUUCAUAUGUGCCAAUUGUAUGUUUCAUGUGUGCCAAUUGUAUGUUUCAUAUGUACCAAUUGUAUGUUUCAUAUGUACCAAUUGUAUGUUUCAUAUGUGCCAAUUGUAUGUUUCAUAUGUGCCAAUUGUAUGUUUCAUAUGUGCCAAUUGUAUGUUUCAUGUGUGCCAAUUGUAUGUUUCAUGUGUGCCAAUUGUAUGUUUCAUAUGUGCCAAUUGUAUGUUUCAUAUGUGCCAAUUGUAUGUUUCAUAUGUGCCAAUUGUAUGUUUCAUAUGUGCCAAUUGUAUGUUUCAUAUGUGCCAAUUGUAUGUUUCAUAUGUGCCAAUUGUAUUAUUAGUUAUAUUUCCACUAUAUAA